AACAGGCAACGACAAGGCAGCUCCGUGCAGAAAUGGCGGCGUUGAGAUGGUGCAGUAGUGUCCUCCGCAUUGCAUACAGAGGUGGGAUCUCCGCACCUGCAGUAAGAAAUGGCUGCCAAUAUAACAACCUGGCCAGAGUUUGUCAAGUGCAUCAUUACGUGUCAGUUCCUCAGAGCGGUAUGGUUCAGCAAGUAAGAAAUAGCAGCUUCUUCAACAAGUUGACUGCGGAUGAACUUUGGAAAGGAGUUUUGGCAGAUAGUGGAGCAGGUGCUAGAAAGGGUAGAGGAAAAAGGACAAAGAAGAAACUCAAGAAAGAUCUAAAUCGUGGACAAAUGAUAGGAGAAGGAAGAUCUGGAACUCUUUGGCCCGGUUUGAAUGCACCUGUAGUAAAAACUGUAGCAGUCCAGACCAUAGGAAAGAGAGACCAGUUGCAGCAGGAGCAAAUGCAAGCUGAGAUAAUAAGACAAAGAGAUGAAUGGGAUAAGAAGCGGAAGACAAGAGUUAAACGAGAGAGGGGCUGGACUGGAAACAGCUGGGGUGGCAUCAGUAUUGGUUGUCCAGACCCAGGCCCUAAUGGUGAAACAUAUGAAGAUUUUGAUUGCAGAGUAAUCGAGGUAAAAAAUGUAUUUAACAUGACGGCUAAGGAGGGAAGAAAGAAAACUGUGAGCGCCUUGGUAGUUGUUGGCAAUGGAAAUGGAGUGGCAGGAUUUGCCAUCGGAAAAGCCUCUGAUAGGAUGGUGGCUCUCAGAAAGGCAAAAAACAGAGCAGUACACUAUCUGCAUUAUAUGGAAAGAUACAAAGACCAUACAAUAUAUCAUGACAUCACAACUACUUUCAAAAGAACAUCAAUACGGAUGAAGAAACAAAACUUUGGUUAUGGUCUCCAUUGCCACAGGGCCAUUAUCACCAUCUGCAAAUUAAUUGGAAUUCAAGACAUGUAUGCAAAAGUCUCUGGAUCGGUCAAUCUUCUUAACCUUACAAGGGCGCUCUUCUUGGGAUUAGCAAAGCAGGAGACCCAUCAAGACCUGGCAGAUAAGAAAGGCCUUCAUGUGGUAGAGUUUAGAGAAGAGUGUGGCCCCCUGCCUCGGAUUGUUGCUUCACCUCGUGGAGCACUUAGGGUUGAUCCAGAACCUGAAGGAGAGGUCCCAGAUACAAAACUGGACUGGAAUGACGUUAAAACCUCACAAGGCAUGAAGCGCUCUAUUUGGGCAAACGUCAAAAGGGCAACAUGGUGAUUUAUAAUUCAUGAAAACCCGAAACAUGGCGAAUAGAAGUACAUUCUUUAUGUAUGUUUUCAUAUCCAAAGUCUUUUCAAGAUGAAUUACUGACUAUUUUUAUUUUGUGCGAACCCACAUGUGCGACGUGCAAGUUAUAUAACAUAUGGCGCAAUGAAGACAAUGUACUUAUCAUCCAGACAAACCACCGAGAGACUUACAGACAUUCAAUAAUGCUUACGGAAACAGAAUAUUAAAGAGAUUUGUUUAAAACACUGGUUUCCUAAUAUUUGCUGUUGGCAAAAGAUUCAGAUAAUUAAAUUCAUCACAGAAAAUAAAAAAGGUUUCAGAUUACAAUUUGUCUUGAUCAAUUCAGCCUACUGUACAGUUUAAUAAUAAAGAGAAAUACACUGUU